AUGGAAAAAGGACAAUAUUUAAUAGAUUAUUUAAUAUGUAACUACCCUGAAUUGGAUGCUAAAUUGCUUUUAAAACAGUCCGUUUUUGAAAAAUCUGAGGAGUAUUUGAAGCUUUUACAUGAAUCCUUAAUUGUUGAAGGACGCGUAGGUAAUAAUGAUGAUUAUAAUUAUCGAUAUCACUUGUUUGAGGCUAAUUCACACGUAGAAUUAGUUGACUCGAUUAUUUCUUAUUUAAUAAGAGAAAAAUCACCAAACAUACUUGUUAAUGGUUAUCACGAUCCGUCUUCAAAUUCAGCGUGGGGUUCUAAAAUUUUUAAUCCAUACGUUAGUUUUAAGGUUAAUUUCUUGAAGAAUGAAAGUUGGAACAGACUUUUUAAUCGAAUUGGCAAAAUUAGAUUUUUAAACUUGGUAUUAAAUACUAAAUGUUUUAUCAAAAUAAACGAUGUGAACUAUAUGCAAUUGUUUGGUCUUUUGCCCAGUUUCCAAUCGAAUGUUUCCGAGCUGCUACUGAAAUCAAGAAUGCUUUACCGGAACCAGAAAAGAAUUAAUAAUUCCUUCAGAUUCUUCUCGGAUAACCCAAUUGAUUUGAUAGAUGAGAUAAUUCCUUGUGAGGCACUCAAAUAUAAGGCGAACCUUCCUAAAAAGUUCAGACAAUUUAAAAGAUUAUGCAAUCAGAUCAUAUGUAAUGAAUCGAAGUGUAAUUAUUUGUCAAUUUAUAAGGAAAUAUGUACCAAGUAUGAACUGAAAACUAUAAAAACAAACUUUGACGAGAUAACACAAAUUUCUGUUGUAAUAAGAUUUGUUUUAACAAUUAUUGGCAAAGUAUUUCCAUUGAAUACCUGGGGUACUCCAAAAAAUAAAUCGGAAGUUUUCAAAAAGGUAAUUAAAUUUAUAAAAGCAUGCAAAAGUGAUAAGUUUCCUAAGGAUCAACUUAUAUCAUCUAUCGAAAUUUCUCAUAUAUACUGGCUUGGAAAGAAAUCAGAGAUAAAGUCGAGACAAGACUAUAAGUUACGUCUUCGCUUGUUUUCAGGAUUCUUGGAAUGGUUUCUAUCGGUUUAUGUUUGUGAAUUAGUGGGAUCUUUUUGGUAUGUCACGGAAGUAUCACAUGGUAUCUUGAGUAAAGAUAUAUUACAUUAUCCCCAUAAUGAAUGGAAACGAAUGACUAAUAAAUGGUUGAAUGACUACAUAGAGAAUUACCUUGUUGAAAGCACCGAUAAUGAAGCUGAUGCAUUCAAGAAAUACAAUAUUGGGCGCUUGAGACUACUUCCAAAAUCAAACGAUUUUAGAGCUUUAUGUAUUCCUAUUAAACAAAUGGUAGGUACAAAUAACUUAAACAAAAAGGAAAAAGAAGCUCAGAAAUUUCAAUACUUAAACUACAUGAAUAAUACCAUAAGGCCAAUACGUGAAUUACUUCUUCAAAAGGAAAGGCACAAAUUAUUAUUAAACAAGAAAAGUCAUCCAAGAUGCUUUUCAAUACGAGAUAUUGCACACAACAUAGGCUUAUUCAAGCAUGAUCUAAUUAGUAAAUAUACACAAAUCCCAAAACUUUUUAUGUUAAAAUUUGAUAUGAAGCACUGUUUUGAUAAUUUGAGUCAAGAAAGAAUAUUGAAAUCUGUCAAUGACUUAUUUGAUGAAGAUAGCAACGACAAGAUAUAUUAUGUUAGACAGUUUGUUGAAUCAUCUUUUUUUAAACAGGAGCUCAAAAAACAACGUUAUGUCAUUAAAGAUGAAUCGAAUGUUCACGAAUAUAAUAUUUUGGAGGGACAGAGUUCUAACUUUCAAUUUAAUGAGUCCCCAAAAAUUAUUGUGGACAAGGCGAAAACAAUUCGGUUUAAGAAAUCACAGGUUUUAGAAGUGAUCAGAGAGCACGUUCUCCAUUCAACUAUGGUUCUGUCAAAUAACACUGAAAAAUGUUUUAAAAGAAAAAAAGGUGUAUUUCAAGGUUUACCUCUUCUGGCCACACUAUGCGACUUGGUUUAUAACUCUUUAGUAGACGAAAAUUUUCAAUUUUUAUUCAAAAAAUCAGAUUCGAUUUUAUUAAGGUUAGUAGACGAUUUCUUAGUGAUUUCUACAGAGAAAAGUCAAUGCCAAAAGGUUUACGAUAUAGCCUUGGGAGAGGCGUUUCAGUCAAGUGGAGCCCUUGUGAAUACGAGCAAGACGUCAUGGGUAGAAACCACUGCUGACUUGGAAGUUUAUAUCAAGUUCGUGGGAUUAAAGAUUAAUCCUUCUACAUUAGAAAUAAUGCCGGAUGCUGAUUCGAAUAGUUCAUUUAUAUCACUUUCAAAGUAUAAAUCAUUUAAGACCGUAUAUUUAUAUUUACAAUGGUGCUAUAAAGUGAGGUUAGCAGAUCAUUUCAUAAAUUUGGAAUUAGUAUCUUUUAAUGCGGCACUAAAAAAUAUAGAAAUUAUAUUACACGCCAUAAUCGAAUCAUUCUAUAUUCAUUUUAAGGAGAUUUUAUUGCGACUGGGUGAGUUUGAUGAACAAUCUUUACAAGAAUUUUUGUUGAAUUUACUCCAUAUGACUUUACGAAAAUAUCAAUUAGUCAAUCCUAGUAAAUUUGGCGUCGAAGAAAUCAGUACUAUGUUUAAAAGGGUCAUAAUUGCAAAACUUUCUAAAAAUUCAGUAUUUAAAAAAACUAAUUCUUGGCUUAAGACUUCCAAAAUUCUUUAA